UUAGCAGGAUGGUUUUAAGCUUUAGCAGAGAGACGCUUACAGCAGUUACAAGCAGUACAACACUUCAACGAAUACAUCGAAUAGUGUGGGUGUGUGAUCAAUAUGCGCACUCCGGGUAUGUUGAUAUUUGGACUCGUUCUGUCGCCUUGCGGUUGGAUCUUGGACCUAACCAGCACGGUGGCCCCGAACUGGAGAGAAAUCCGGGCCGUCCCUGGUGAGAGUCAGGAUCUCAUCUUGCAACAGGGGAUCUGGGAUAUAUGCAGAGCUUUUGAGACCAAUCGGGAUAUCGAAUGUAAUCAGCCAGACGCAACCUACUUCGAAAACGAGAUCAUCCGUGUAGCGCAGGGGUUGAUGAUUGCAUCUUUGUUGGUCACCUUACUUGGGCUGGCUGUCGCCACCCCUGGGGUCAGAUGCUGGACCGACCGACCGAACUACUGCGUCGCCGGGUUGGGUGGAAUUUUGAUCUUUCUUUCGGGCGUCAUGACCCUAAUUCCGAUAUCCUGGUACACUCACAUUUUGGACGACAUCCCACGGACCGGCGGCACCAUUACGGUGGGCUUUUCCAUCGUGCUUGGCUACAUCGGGGGCAUCAUGGAAGUGCUUGCAGGAGCAGCGCUGAUCAUUGUGAUGUGUUCGUGCUGUGGUGGAAAGAACCGGGGCGAGAAACCAUCGAAACCCACCGAAAAGCCCAGUCACACAAAAUAUCCGAUGUCCAGAAGAAUCGAAGUGCCCAGUAUCAGCCGGAGCAAAAGUACGGGCAGCAGCGUCCCUUAUUCCAAAGACUCGUUGGAAGACGACGACUUCCCCCGGUCCAAGUCCAGCUCGUCUUACGGCGGCAAGCCUUACGACGCCGAUUUGUGAAAUUAAACCUGAACCAAGUUAUUUGCUUUAAAAGACUAUGUUUCAGUUGAUGAGUAUUUUGGCACUAUUUCUCCUUUUUCUAUUACCUAUUUCUAUUUGAUUUAUAAAUCGCGGGAAUAAACGGGCUUGCAGGCAAAUUGAACUUUUAAUGGUGUAGGUCUAUUUGUAAAGUUGACCCAGAAGUCUACAUGCUAUAACAGGUCGCUUCCCUCACCUUGCUGCAACUUAAAAGUGUUUGUAUCUUUGUAAUGUUUAUGUAAAUUAUCAAGACAAACAAACAAGACUUACAAAGUCCGAUGUGGACUACUUUUAUGCAGAACGGCCAGUGCAAUCAUAUAGCCUAGUAAGAGUGAGAAAAUUGAUAUGAAUUGAUCAUAUUCAUGCGAAGUUCUAUGUUCUGUAUAUAUUUUAUGGAACUGCAAAUGUGUUACUGGUAAAAUAACGUAUAAUUGUGUGGAUAAGGCAAAGUAAGCCAUUCAGUCAAAAGUUAAUUUGUUUUUUCUUUAAGUUUGACAACAAAAACACAGGAGUAACCUCACAAAAAAGCAAACACAAUUUUUGGAAAGUACCACAAAAAAACCUACAUGUAUCCUAACUGUGAAUAGAAGCUUAGGACAACUAAUACAUGUGUAUUAGAUUUGUACUGAAUUAAAAUAUAACUCUCUUGUAUAUUCUCACAUAAUUUUGUUUUAAUUCUGUAUUUUGUGUUAUUCUUCAAACAAUAAAACAAGAUUACUGUACUAAA